CUCUCAGGUUACAAACGCCUACAUAUCAAGAUGAUGCACAUAAAGAUCCUUCCUCGUUCUCCAGAGGUAGCAGAGCGUUACAAGACACACAAGUCUUAUUAUCCAGGUGACUGUGGCCUUGAUUUAUUCUGUCCCGACACUAUCACAUUAGCUCCUAAGAAGACCACGGAUGUGGUUCUUGGCGUUAAGAUUGCUGCAUACCGUGUGCAUGAUAAAUCAGAGAUCGGAUCUUCUUCCAUGCGCAAUGUUGGAUGGAUCUUAGCACCGCGUAGUAGUAUAUCCAAGACACCUUUGCGACUUGCUAAUUCAAUUGGAAUCAUUGAUGCUGCUUACCGUGGUGAUAUCAAGGUUGCUUUUGACAACAUUAGUGAUGAGCCUUACACUAUCCAGAGUGGUGAUCGUUUGGUUCAAGUGAUUUCCUAUGACGGUGAGGAGAUAUCUUACGAGUUAGUAAAUGAGCUUGAUCAAACUGAGCGCGGGGAGAAGGGUUUUGGUUCCACUGGACGUUAAAAUAUUUCUUCUAAUUUUGUGCCACUACUUGGGCGCGGCGUUUUCUGCGUUCCUCUCUGGCGUCGAAUUCUAGUACUGACGCCCCCUUGCACGUAUCAGGCAACAAUUUGUACGCUUUAAUGCAUUUUAUUGCACU